ACACUUGGAGGUCUACCAUUGUACAACAUGCUGCAGUUAAGACUAUUACCUACCUUUUCAAUGGGAUGUCAUCUGUUAGCCGUUGUGGCUCUCUUAUUUUCCCACGUGGACCUUAUAAGUGCAGAGACAGAAAUGGAAGGAGAAGGCAAUGAAACCGGCGAGUGUACUGGCUCAUAUUAUUGUAAGAAGGGGGUGAUUUUACCCAUUUGGGAGCCCCAAGACCCUUCCUUUGGAGACAAAAUUGCCAGAGCUACUGUGUAUUUUGUGGCCAUGGUCUACAUGUUUCUCGGAGUCUCUAUCAUUGCUGACCGGUUCAUGUCCUCUAUAGAAGUCAUCACAUCUCAAGAAAAAGAAAUAACCAUAAAGAAACCCAAUGGAGAGACCACCAAGACCACUGUGAGGAUCUGGAAUGAGACUGUUUCCAAUCUAACCUUGAUGGCCCUGGGAUCUUCUGCUCCAGAGAUUCUCCUUUCAGUAAUUGAAGUAUGUGGCCAUAACUUCACUGCAGGAGACCUAGGUCCCAGCACCAUUGUGGGAAGUGCUGCAUUCAACAUGUUCAUCAUCAUCGCGCUUUGUGUUUAUGUGGUCCCAGAUGGAGAGACAAGGAAGAUUAAGCAUUUGCGUGUGUUCUUCGUGACAGCAGCCUGGAGCAUCUUUGCCUAUACGUGGCUUUACAUUAUUUUGUCUGUCAUCUCUCCUGGGGUCGUGGAAGUCUGGGAAGGUUUGCUUACUUUCUUCUUCUUUCCUAUCUGUGUUGUGUUCGCUUGGGUGGCAGAUAGGAGGCUGCUGUUUUACAAGUAUGUCUACAAGAGGUAUCGGGCCGGCAAGCAGAGGGGAAUGAUCAUCGAGCACGAAGGAGACAGGCCAUCUUCCAAGACUGAAAUUGAAAUGGAUGGGAAAGUGGUCAAUUCCCACGUUGACAAUUUCUUAGAUGGUGCUCUGGUUCUGGAGGUUGAUGAGAGGGACCAAGAUGAUGAAGAGGCGAGGCGAGAAAUGGCUAGGAUUCUGAAGGAGCUCAAGCAGAAGCAUCCGGAGAAAGAAAUAGAGCAAUUGAUUGAAUUAGCUAACUACCAAGUCCUAAGUCAGCAGCAGAAAAGCCGAGCAUUUUACCGCAUCCAAGCUACUCGCCUGAUGACUGGAGCUGGCAACAUUUUAAAGAGGCACGCAGCUGACCAGGCAAGGAAGGCUGUCAGCAUGCAUGAGGUCAACACUGAAGUGGCUGAAAAUGACCCCGUGAGUAAGAUCUUCUUUGAACAAGGGACCUAUCAGUGUCUGGAGAACUGUGGGACUGUAGCCCUGACCAUUAUCCGCAGAGGUGGCGAUUUGACUAACACUGUGUUUGUUGACUUCAGAACAGAGGAUGGCACGGCCAACGCUGGCUCUGAUUAUGAAUUUACUGAAGGAACUGUGGUCUUUAAGCCAGGUGAGACCCAGAAGGAAAUCAGAGUUGGCAUCAUCGAUGAUGACAUCUUUGAGGAGGAUGAGAAUUUCCUUGUGCACUUGAGCAAUGUUAAAGUAUCUUCUGAGGCCUCAGAAGACGGCAUCCUGGAAGCCAAUCAUGUUUCUGCGCUCGCUUGCCUGGGAUCUCCCUCCACCGCCACCGUGACGAUUUUUGACGAUGACCACGCUGGCAUCUUUACUUUUGAGGAGCCCGUGACUCACGUGAGUGAGAGCAUUGGCAUUAUGGAGGUGAAGGUAUUGCGAACAUCUGGAGCUCGAGGAAAUGUUAUCGUUCCCUAUAAAACCAUCGAAGGGACUGCCAGAGGUGGAGGGGAGGACUUUGAGGACACUUGUGGAGAGCUCGAAUUCCAGAACGAUGAAAUUGUCAAAACAAUAUCAGUCAAGGUAAUUGAUGAUGAGGAGUAUGAGAAAAACAAGACCUUCUUCCUUGAGAUUGGAGAGCCCCGCCUGGUGGAGAUGAGUGAGAAGAAAGCCCUGUUAUUGAAUGAGCUUGGUGGCUUCACAAUAACAGGAAAAUACCUGUAUGGCCAACCUGUCUUCCGGAAAGUUCAUGCUAGAGAACAUCCGAUUCCCUCUACUGUAAUCACCAUUGCAGAGGAAUAUGAUGACAAGCAACCGCUGACCAGCAAAGAGGAGGAGGAGAGGCGCAUUGCAGAAAUGGGGCGGCCCAUUCUGGGAGAACACACCAAGCUGGAAGUGAUCAUUGAAGAAUCCUAUGAAUUCAAGAGUACCGUGGACAAACUUAUUAAGAAGACAAACUUAGCCCUUGUGGUUGGGACAAACAGCUGGAGAGAGCAGUUUAUUGAAGCCAUCACCGUCAGUGCUGGGGAAGAUGAUGACGACGAUGAAUGUGGGGAGGAGAAGCUGCCCUCCUGUUUCGAUUAUGUGAUGCAUUUUCUGACUGUGUUCUGGAAGGUCCUCUUCGCCUUCGUCCCCCCGACAGAAUACUGGAAUGGCUGGGCCUGUUUCAUUGUCUCCAUCCUCAUGAUUGGCAUACUGACAGCUUUCAUUGGAGACCUGGCUUCCCACUUUGGAUGCACCAUCGGCUUGAAAGAUUCUGUGACUGCGGUAGUGUUCGUCGCACUUGGAACUUCGGUACCAGACACAUUUGCAAGCAAAGUGGCAGCCACCCAGGAUCAGUAUGCAGACGCGUCCAUAGGUAACGUCACUGGCAGCAACGCGGUGAACGUCUUUCUGGGAAUCGGCGUGGCCUGGUCCAUCGCUGCCAUCUACCAUGCAGCCAAUGGGGAACAGUUCAAAGUGUCCCCUGGCACGCUAGCUUUCUCUGUCACUCUCUUCACCAUUUUUGCUUUCAUCAAUGUGGGGGUGCUGCUGUAUCGGCGGAGGCCAGAGAUCGGAGGUGAGCUGGGUGGGCCCCGGACUGCCAAGCUCCUCACAUCCUGCCUCUUCGUGCUCCUAUGGCUCUUGUACAUUUUCUUCUCCUCCCUGGAGGCCUACUGCCACAUAAAAGGCUUCUAAAGGAACAAUCAGAUAUAGUAAAUUUAUAUAUAUAUACGUAUAUAUAUACAUAAAAUAUUAUGUAUAAUGAACAGAGGAAACUGACAUUUGUCAUGUUCACUUACCUGCUGAUGGAAUCCAGCUUCAAGAGCAUACUCUGUACUAGGGCUGAAGUGAGAAACCAUCACCUCCCAUUCCCAGGGGCGUCAUCACAUUGAACAAGGCAUGGAGGCAGGGGCAUCUUUGCAGCUCAGCCUAGAAGGACUGUGUUCU